AUGGAGGCCGUUGUUCAUCUGUACUUGUUCGGCCUGGUGUACAGUGCGUGUGCACUGCCGGACCUUGCCGCCGCUACCCCUGUCCCACGUGCCCUUGACCUGGCGGACUCUACGACCGCUACCCCUGGCAUACGCCUGCUGGACCCUACUGACGCUACCCCCGUCCCACGCCUUGCGGAAUCUACCGACGUUACCCCCGUCCCACAUGCCCCAGAUCUGCGGGACCCCACCAAGGGCGCUACCCCCGUCCCUUACCUGCCGGACCCCACGGUUGGCAACGCUACCCCCGUCCCACGCCUUGCGGACUCUACCAACAUUACCCCCGUCCCACAAGCCCCAGAUCUGCGGGACCCCACCUACGCUACCCCCGUCCCACGCGUCCCAGACCCCGGCUUCCAGACGACACUGGUCCAGGCCCUGUCGGCCGACAUCCGUGGAACGAACUGGACCCUAGCGCUGACAGAGGAGACAAUACGCGCCAUGCGCGAAGUUCACUUCGGAGACCCAAAUUACACCCCUGCCUUGGAGCUGCCGGCUUGGGGAAACGGCACAGUGACUGCUGAUGACGUGCAGACUGGGAGACUGGAGGACUCUGAGAUUCUGGACCGACUCUCCUCUCAGCUGUAUAUCUACGAGCGGGAAAUUAGCGCUGUGAUGCAGGACGAGCUGGCGAUGGUCAACAGUGACGCUCCGGAGGGGGGUGUCGUCUUCAAGGGGGAUGUCGUCUAUGAGGAGGGUGCCAGGAGGGUGUAUCAGCUAGUUGUGCAGGUUUACGGCAAGACUGUGUACCUGCGGGCACUUCUGGCCCAAACGGCCCAUCUGAUGGGACACGACCUCCAGAGCGACCACGCCGGUAACCACUACCCCAGCCAGCCCGCGAGUGAGUACGAGAUGCAGCGCCGCGUUUUCCGGGUGUUCCUGGCGUACCGGGCCUUCCUGGGCGAUCUACGCGGCGUGUUCGCAGCACUCCUGCGGCGGGAACUGGCAACCACCGCCCGCCUGGGAUCCCCGACUUCAGCCACUCCAGGGAACGUCACCGCCUGAGCCCCUGU